AUGGCAUACGACAGACUCCCGCCCGGGACGCAAAGGAUUGAGGAUAAAACCGGGCAGAAGAUUCUUCUUGCGCCUCAGCCGAAUGCGGACCCCAACCAGCCUUUGAACUGGUCGCCAUUCCGCAAGUCGCUACAGAUGACGAUUCUGUGUUUCUACGCGCUCAUGGUCUUUGCGAUUCUCUGCGUCGCCGUCCCGCUAUGGCAGGACUUCAACACCGAGCUCGGCAUGAGCUACGCCGUGCUAAACGACGGGUACGCGACGAAUAUGGCCGCCCUGUCAGUCGGGUGUAUCAUCUUCGUGCCAAUCGCGCUGCGCGUUGGACGCCGGCCCGUCUAUCUCGCCACCGCGCUCAUCAUGCUGGCCGCGGCGAUCUGGCAGGCGAAGAUGCACACGGUCGGCGAUAUGAUUGGGGCGAACGUCAUUUCGGGACUUGCUGGCGCGGUCAACGAGGCGGUCUUUCAAGUCACGGUCUCCGACCUCUUCUUCGUCCACCAACGCGGGACCAUGAACGGGAUUUAUCUGGCCAUCGUCAUCGUCGGGAACUACCUCGGCCCUGUCGCAGCAGGGUAUGUGGCCGUCUCGCAGAACUGGAGAUGGGUCUUCUGGUACUGCACCAUCUUCAUGGCCAUCGUGGCGGUGGUCAUGUUCUUCUUCCUCGAAGAAACUAAAUACACCCCUCUGGUGACGGACGGUCGUGACAUGGCGAUUGAUCAAGGAGGCCACGGCGACGGCCACGGCGACAUGCUCGCCAAAGUCCACAGCACCACCAAAACUCCCACCACUACACGGCUAGGCUCCAUUUCAGUCGAUGCGACCGAGGCCGCGCAAAACACCGAACGCCGCCGCGUGGUGGAGAUCGACCACUCGAUCCCGCUCAAGUCGUACCGGCAACGGCACGCCCUCUGGUCUCUCGACAAGCAGGUGACGUCUGCGCAGCGGUCCCUGUGGAUGCACUUUGUCCAGCCGUUUCAGAUCCUCGUGACGUUUCCGGCCGUCAUGUUCACGGCGCUGCAGUAUGGGUUUUUGAUUGCCAUGUUGGCGAUCCUGGCUGUCACGCAGGCGACGUUGUACCCGUUUCCGCCGUACAACUUUACGCCGAUCGGCGUGGGGAAUAUGAAUCUGCCGCCUGCUAUCGGCGCGAUCCUCGGCUCCCUCUUCGGCGGACCCCUCAACGACUACUUCAUCCUCCAAGUCGCGAAACGCCGAGGCGGCAUCUACGAGCCCGAGACGCGGCUGUGGCUGUUUCUGAUCCCCGGCGCGUGCAUGCCCGUGGGACUGUUCAUGUACGGCCUGACCAUCUCGCGGGGCAUGAGCUGGCCGAUCAACGCCGUGGGCGCGGGAUUCAUCGGCGCGGCCAUCGGCGGGUGCGGCGAUAUAAGUUUGACGUAUUGUCAGGAUUGUUAUCAAUAUGUCCUCGGCGACGCCCUCACCGGCGUGGUCUUCGUGCGCAACAUCAUCUCCACGGGCCUGGUGUUUGCCGUGACGCCCUGGAUGGCGGGAAUGGGCGUUUACGACAUGUUUGUGUUGCUGGGGUGUCUGAGCGUCGCUGUGGCGCUGACCUGUGUUCCCUUGAUCAUCUGGGGCCGGGAGUGGCGGGCGAGGUUGGCUGGGCGGUAUGAGCAUUUCGCGGCGAAGCAGUACUGA